GCCAUCGCCACCAUGGUCGCCCUCCAGACUCUCACUCUGGGCCUGCUGCUCUCAGGGUCGUGGGCCCUCCCCGCGGCUGAGACAGCAACGGCCACUCUCCCCACGAGUGCCUCCAGCUCGACUGACGUGGCCUCGUCGCAGCUGGACCAGCUGAAUUCCUUUGCCUAUAACCUCACCACCGACACCCUGUCCACUCCCUCGGGUAGCACCAAGCGCAGUGAUGGCACUUGCACUCUGGACAAGCUGCGUGUGCGUCGUGAGUGGCGCACCUUCUCCAAGUCCCAGAAAAAAGCGUACAUCAACUCCGUCCUCUGCCUCCAGAAGCUGCCUUCGCGCACCCCGGCCGACCUGGUCCCCGGGGCGCGCACCCGCUACGACGACUUCGUGGCCACGCACAUCAACCAGACCCUGGAAAUCCACUACACGGGCACCUUUCUGGCGUGGCACCGCUACUUCAUCUACGAGUUCGAGUCUGCCCUGCGCGACGAGUGUGGCUACACCGGCGACUACCCUUACUGGGACUGGGGUGCCGACGCCCACGACAUGGAGAACUCACCCGUUUUUGACGGCAGUGAGACCUCCAUGUCUGGUAAUGGAGCCCCCAUUGCUGAUCAGCCGGACGUGAUGCUGUACCUGGGCGACUACCCGGCUAUUGACCUCCCGCCCGGCACCGGCGGCGGCUGCAUCACCAGCGGGCCAUUUAAGGACUACAAGGUCAACCUGGGCCCGGCUGUUCUCUCCCUGCCCGGGGGCAACACCUCGAUGGCGGCUAACCCGCUGGCCUACAACCCCCGGUGUCUGAAGCGGUCGCUGACCACCGAGAUCCUCAGUCGGUACAACACCUACCCCAAGAUCGUCUCUCUGAUCCUGGACAACAACGAUGUCUGGGACUUCGAGAUGACGAUGCAAGGCAUUCCCGGCAGCGGCUCGAUUGGUGUCCACGGCGGUGGCCACUACUCCAUGGGCGGCGAUCCCGGUCGCGACGUCUAUGUGAGCCCCGGCGACGUGGCCUUCUGGCACCACCACGGCAUGAUCGACCGCGUCUGGUGGAUCUGGCAGAACCUCGACCGCAAGCACCGCCAGAAUGCCAUCUCCGGCACGGGUACUUUCAUGAACAACCCCCCGUCGGCCAAUACCACUCUCGACACUGUCAUUGAUAUUGGUUAUGCCAACGGUCAGCCCAUCGCCAUGCGCGACUUGAUGAGCACGACUGCUGGGCCUUUCUGCUACGUGUAUCUCUGAGCGGACUGUGUGUUGUCUCAUGGUUUCAGGUUUUACAACUGCAAUCUAGGAGGAUUUAGAUGGAAGCUUGUAUAUAUGCAUCAUAGAACUUAACUAAUGCAUUAAUGGAUUUAUUG